UCGCGCUCGUCGCGGGCCGGGCUGCAGUUCCCGGUGGGCCGCGUCCACCGGCUGCUCCGCAAGGGCAACUACGCGGAGCGGGUGGGCGCCGGCGCCCCGGUGUACCUGGCGGCCGUGCUGGAGUACCUGACGGCCGAGAUCCUGGAGCUGGCGGGCAACGCGGCCCGCGACAACAAGAAGACGCGCAUCAUCCCCCGCCACCUGCAGCUGGCCAUCCGCAACGACGAGGAGCUCAACAAGCUGCUGGGCAAGGUGACCAUCGCGCAGGGCGGGGUGCUGCCCAACAUCCAGGCCGUGCUGCUGCCCAAG